AUGUUGAUGCUCGUGACUGUAGUGAUGAUUGACUACGUGCCUACUGAGGCUACGAGUGAAUCAGAUUUUUACGAACAAUUAUUUAAAAAAACAUUUCAUCAAGACAGUCUGAAAAUAAAUCGAAAUCAACCUUCGAGGUUCGAGGAUGAAGAAUACAGAGCACAGAUGAAAAUAAAAAUGAUAAAGAAAAAAGAAAUAGCAAAGAAUAUGACACAGAUGACAUCGACUCAAGAAACUAUGAAACAGCAAACUGUGAUACAAGACAAUGUGAUACAUAAGACACAUAAAGAAUUGAAGGUUAUCCACGAGUGUACUCCAGAUGGCAAGAAGUGUUCUGAUUUUGAAGUAGAUUUCACAGACAGAGAAGAUCACAAUACACAACUGGUUGAUGGAAUGUUUGUAAAUACAGACAACGAAAUCACUAGUAUUCAGGCCCAUGAAGUAGAAGACCCAUAUUUUCCAAGUGGUGCCGAUGCCCAGAGCGAUCCAGUACCGAAUAAUAGUGACGAAGACGCUGCAUUUUCAAGAUAG